CGAGGGAGGCGCGGGCGCCAUGCUGCUCUUCUGCCCGGCCUGCGGGAACGUCCUGGUGGCCGAGGAGGGCGCGCGCUGCCACCGCUUCGCCUGCACCACGUGCCCCUACGUGCGCAACGUCACGCGCAAGGUGACGAGCCGGCGCUACCCGAAACUCAAGGAGGUGGACGAUGUGCUCGGAGGGGCCGCCGCCUGGGAGAACGUGGACUCCACUGCAGAGCCGUGCCCCAAGUGUGAGCACCCACGGGCCUACUUCAUGCAGCUGCAGACGCGCUCGGCCGACGAGCCCAUGACCACCUUCUACAAGUGCUGCAGCGCCCAGUGCGGACACCGCUGGAGGGACUGAGGCCACAGUGGAGCUGACUGGGCAACUGGGGUGCGGGUGUCUGCUACUUUGUACAUAAUAAACAGUAUAUAUGAGAAA